AGUUGUUCCUAAAUCCCUUGCAAAUUCGUCGACUCGACCUCCAUCGAGUGCAUCGUCUUCCUGAGGGCGCCGCUGUCUCCCCUCCUCGCCUGUGCAAGCAACACUAGUCCAGAGGAGACGAGGUCUUCGUCUUUGUUUAAUAUUUUGCGAGCAGCGAGCUCUUCAGCAACAAGCACCCCCCUGUUAUUUCAUCUCUGGUAAGCGGAGGAAUCAAGCCCCUUGUGAGCAGAAACGCAACUGGGGGGAAUACAUCGAAGACUCUGAAUCCAAUUUUUGUCAUCUACAAAGUUUUCUUUUUGAGUUUUGAUAGUAAGAGAAGGAAACAUUUGCUUUGAAGGGAACGAGGAAUCAGAUGCAGAAAUUAGGAGACUUUAAGCUUCCUCAGUUCUUUAACUAUCCGCCCUUUUUCACUUUGCAGCCUGUGAAGGAAACACGUGAUAAUCAAGUGAAGCUAUGGAAAGAGCUCAUACUUGGCUACUGCAGAAGUCAACGGACAUUUGUGAUAGGAUUAGAAGAAGAUUUCCCCCUUUUUUCUAAUCCAGUAAUUGAAAGAUCUUUAAGCCAUGAGGCAAGGGAGGUAUUUCUUUCUGCUCUGGUAAAUGAAGGUCGUGCAGAAUGGAUGGACAAAGGUCAUAAGAAAUGUCUCCUACUUUGGUUAAGAAUCCAAGAGUGGGCUGAUUAUAUUUUGAACUUUGUUAAAGAAAAUGGGUUUGAGGACAGUGUCAUGACUAUCGAAGAAAUACGGUCGGGGAUUGAAACUCGUGGAACUGAGCUUGCGGGGAUUGAUCGUGGUUUGCUCGUGCGGGCUCUGAAACUACUCGAGCAGAAAGGUAAAGUUGCAAUCUUCAAGGGGACGUCAACAGAUGACGAUGGGGUAAAGUUCUCGGCUUAAUCUUAAUCUGUGUUUUACAAACCCAUUACCAAUUGGGGAUCAUUUCCAUCCACUUUGUCUAAGUGAACCUUGAUGUAAACUAAAAUUUCAGCAUACUUUUGUUUUUUUUCAUGAGCGAAUAAUUUAUAUCUACAUGCACAAACAUGCAUAGAUUCUAAAAACAAUAUGAUCAAAUACAAUAAAUUUUUUUUUAGAAUA